AUGGCCAUUAGAACUCAUAAAUCAUCACAGGGAGCCCCAUGGCUUCCAUGUUUGCUUAUUCUAUUGCUCUUCAUUACGUUCACUUGUGCUUCACCACCAACGAGACCGAGGCUCGGUGUACUAGGAGGACACAAUAAUCCAAAAUAUAAUGUACACAACCCAUCUCUAACUGCAUCUGACUCAAAAAAAGAUUAUCAAACGUUCUAUUUUGAUCAACCAAUCGAUCACUUCAACUAUCAGCCCGUAAGCUACAACACUUUCCGGGAAAGAUAUGUCGUGAAUUUUAAGCAUUGGCGUGGCGCCAAGGCAGCUGCUCCCAUAUUUGCAUAUCUUGGAGAGGAGUCUUCCAUAGACGAUGAUCUCGGUGUUAUAAAUUUCAUGCCAGAGAAUUGUCGCAGGUUUGGUGCUUUGGAGCUGUACAUAGAGCAUCGCUUCUAUGGUGAAUCAAUCCCUACUGGAUUUACAAGAGAAGAAACAUUGAAAAAUGCUACCAUUCGCGGAUACUUUAGCUCAUCUCAAGCUCUGGCAGAUUAUGCAGAAGUAAUUAGAAGCUUGAAGAAAAAUUUAUCAGCUGAGUCCUCUCCAGUUAUAGUCGUUGGAGGAUCUUAUGGUGGAAUGCUUGCAACAUGGUUCCGCCUAAAGUAUCCUCAUUUUGCAAUGGCUGCAUUUGCCUCUUCAGCACCCAUUCUUUACUUCGAGGACCUCGUACCACAUAAUUCAUAUCCUGUUGUUGUUACCAAGGACUUUCAGGAGGCUAGUUUGAGCUGCUAUAAUACCAUAAAGCAGUCAUGGUCUGAGAUCGAUAGAGUUGCUAAUCAAUCAAAUGGUCUUUCCGAACUCAGCAAGAAAUUCAAACUUUGCAAGCCAUUGAAGGAUGCAUCCGACUUAAAGAAUUACUUGAACACUCUGUAUUCAUCUUCAGCUCAAUAUGAUAGACCUCCAAAGUAUCCAGUGACUGUUGUCUGCAGAGGUAUUGACGGAGGAGCCAAUGGAACCGACAUUCUUGGCCGAAUUUUCUCCGGAAUUGUUUCUUAUUAUGAGAAAAAUAAAGAGUGCUAUGAUUUAGGUGAUUUCUUUUCAACAGAAACACUGAGUGGUUGGGACUGGCAGACAUGUAGUGAAUUGGUUACACCAAUUGGGAAUGGCCCGAAUGAAACCAUGUUUCCUGCAUCACCAUUUGUUUACGAAGAAUAUAGGGACUACUGCGUGAAUAAAUUUGGAGUCGAACCUAGGCCCACUUGGAUCACAACUAAUUAUGGUGGUUACCAUAUAAAAAGGGUUCUCCAGAGGUUUGGUAGCAACAUCCUCUUCUCCAAUGGCCUACGUGACCCUUAUAGCAGUGGAGGGAUAUUGGAGAACAUAUCAGAUAGUAUACUUGCUGUGUUUACAAAAGAAGGGUCUCAUUGCCUUGACAUAGUGCCAGCUGCAAGUGCAAACGAUCCAAAGUGGUUGAUCGCACAACGAAAACAAGAAGUUAGGAUAAUCGAACGAUGGUUUAACGAGUACUACGAUGAGUUGCAUAAGUUUGGUUAG